UGAGAAGCUGUACAGCAUGCAAAACCAAUCCCCCUAACCAUUGUCCCAUAAUAUGCCAGGAGUCCAAUGAGAAAACACAGUCCAUGGAGACUGCAGAGACGUCCCAAUCAGAGCAGAGAGCUGCACCGAAUCAUGAAUGAUUAACAGAGAGGGCGGGAGCAACGCCGACUGCUGAGCUUCUCUGUGGGCAGCCCGCUGGAAUUGUGACAGGCCGAUUAACGAAUGGAUCGAAGACGGAGCCGGGGGGGAAAGGGCCAAUGACUGAGAGGAGACUUUCUCAGCCAUGAGGCUCUGUGAGGAGUGGCGGUCGAUGCUGCACGCCAACGCGGAGGAGGAGUGAACGCAAAGGGAGGGAGGGAGCGGAGGGGAGAACAUAGGUGGGGCGGCAAAAGGAAGCGAGAGCAUCUAUUGACUUGCGUCCUCGCAAGACCUCAUUAUCAGGAGUCAUGUUCAACAUCACAACAGCAAACACUACUAAUGAUCAUCCAGAAACCGUUCCUCUCUCCCAAGUCUCCCCGCACGAUGGCUGGAACGUGGCCUGCUUUGUUAUCAUACUGCUGUUCAUUUUAACCGUGCUAUCCCUGGCGACCUUGGCCGUGCUCUAUGAGUUCCUGGACUGUGGCUGCUUUGCCAAAGAAAGAACGCAACACCAAAACCAGCACGAGCAGCAACAACAACUACAGGAACAACAGGAGGAGGAGUCGGCCAAUUGCAGCAACGUGACGACCAGCGUCUGCAAUGAACCAGAACCGCUCACAGAGGUGGUAUAGAAGCGGCACGGAAUUGGGGGACUGAGCAGAAAAACAAAGCUAACACCUUAAGGAACAGUCAAAAAUAGUUAAGACGAUGCUGAAGAUCCAGUCAAGAUGAAUUAAAGGGGACAAUAAAAAGAUAAA